AGCUUUUCUGAACAGAAUAAUUGGCUUAUAGAAAAGAUAAGGUGUCAUAUUACUCCCACGAAACGUGGAUUAAUCUUAAAACCACUCUUCUCCCGACUGAUUGUUGCACUGACAAGUCAGCAGCGGAUGAACAAGUUUAUGGGAACUUGAGCUCGGACAAAAAGCGAUCAUGCCAAGUCGACAUCAAACUGGAGAGAAAGUGUUCAAUUAUAAAAUAUCACGUGGACGAGAGAGAGGAAACCGAUUUAAAAGCUCGCAUUUAAUAUCGUCUGUGCUGAAGAAGGCGAGUCUUAAAGUUCCUUCAGAAUGGGCAGUCUUCUCUCAGAUGCAUCUGGACAACAGCAGCAUCGGGUCAUGGAGAGGUGUCCCUAGCUUCACCAAGGACGGAGAAAGCCUUUCAGUCGCAGACCGUUAAAUUACUUAACCCAUGUACGCGGAGGCAUCAGCUAUAGUUUCGGCGGAGAGCACUCCCUUGUCCGUUUUUUGUCAGCCGGAUUGCCGUUCUUAUCCAAGCGCAUAGACCAGCUGCUUUGUCAGAACCCGCAGGGGGCCGUGAGAGCACCGGGCCAGCGUGGGCAUCGUACGCACCAGAGAAGAUGAAUAUCCAGGUUAUGCCAGAACACAAGCUCUCGUCGGUGGCCCCGCUGAAACAGUGCAAUGUGGAGAAAAAGGAGGUAGAACUGAUAUUGGUGAAGGACCAAAAUGGUGUCCAGUACACCAGUUCCUCCAUCAUUCCCACCCCUGGUCACCACGCAGGUCCUCCCGGAUCCGAGGACGAACGAGAAACUUGGGGAAAGAAAAUAGACUUUCUCCUGUCGGUCAUUGGCUUCGCGGUGGACCUGGCCAAUGUUUGGAGAUUUCCUUACUUGUGCUACAAAAAUGGAGGAGGUGCUUUUUUGAUCCCCUACAUUCUUUUCUUGGUCAUUGCGGGGAUGCCAUUGUUCUACAUGGAACUUGCCUUGGGCCAGUACAACAGGGAGGGGGCAGCUACAGUUUGGAAAAUAUGCCCUGUCUUUAAAGGUGUGGGUUACACAGUGAUCCUCAUCGCCCUGUAUGUUGGCUUCUAUUACAACGUUAUCAUUGCCUGGUCCCUCUACUACCUGUUCUCCUCCAUGACCAGUGAGCUGCCCUGGCUCAAAUGUGGCAACAGCUGGAACAGUGAGAACUGCACCGACCCCAAAUCCAUCAACGGAUCCGUCCUUGGUAAUGGAACGUCUUAUGCCAAAUACAAGAUCACCCCGGCAGCAGAGUACUAUGAACGGGGUGUGCUACACCUCCAUGAGAGUCGUGGUAUCCACGACCUGGGCCUGCCUCGCUGGGAUCUGACCUUGUGUUUGGUUGUGGUGGUCUUCAUCCUUUACUUCAGUCUGUGGAAAGGUGUCAAGUCCUCAGGGAAGGUGGUGUACAUCACAGCUACUAUGCCCUAUGUGGUCCUUUUUGUGUUGCUGAUCCGAGGUAUAACUCUACCAGGGUCCAUGAAUGGCAUCAGGGCAUACCUCCACAUCGACUUCCAGCGGCUCAACAAUUUAGAGGUGUGGAUUGAUGCUGCCACCCAGAUAUUUUACUCACUAGGAGCAGGAUUUGGUGUGCUCAUUGCGUUUGCCAGUUAUAACAAAUUUGACAACAACUGCUACAGAGAUGCUCUCCUGACUAGCACUGUGAACUGCGUCACCAGUUUCUUCUCAGGGUUUGCUAUCUUCUCUGUGCUUGGUUACAUGGCUUACAAACAUGGGGUGAGAAUAGAAGAUGUGGCAACAGAGGGGGCAGGAUUGGUGUUUAUCAUCUACCCUGAGGCAAUUUCUACACUGCCUGGCUCAACAUUUUGGGCCAUUGUGUUCUUCAUCAUGUUGCUAACUCUGGGCAUUGACAGUGCGAUGGGCGGCAUGGAGGCAGUCAUCACAGGCAUGACAGAUGACUUUAAGAUCCUCAAGAGAAACAGGAAGCUCUUCACCUUCGCCACAGCCUUCUUAACCUUCCUGAUUGCCCUGCUCUGCGUUACUAAUGGUGGCAUCUAUGUGCUGACCUUGUUAGAUAAGUAUGCUGCAGGGACUUCUAUACUGUUUGGUGUGUUGAUCGAAGCCAUUGGAGUGUCGUGGUUUUAUGGUGUGGACCGCUUCAGUGAAGAUAUCCAGAGAAUGAUGGGCUUCAAGCCAGGACUCUACUGGAGGCUGUGCUGGAAAUUUGUCAGUCCAGCUUUUCUGCUGUUUGUGGUCAUAGCCAGUACUUUGACAUCAUCAGGCCUGAAGUAUGAUGAGUACGUCUUCCCUAACUGGUCUAACAUAGUUGGCUGGGGUGUAGCCAUGUCCUCCAUGCUGUUUGUCCCCUUCUAUGCCAUGUAUAAAUUCUUCAGUGUACCAGGAACAUUCAAAGAGAGGAUAGGCUAUUGCAUCACUCCAGAACAUGAGCAUCAUUUGGUGGCUGAAGGAAAUGUACGGCAGUUCAAACUCAGACAUUGGUUGGCCAUCUGAUGACAAAUACCCAGAAUUCCCUCAUCCACCCUCACAUCUGGUGUUUGGAGUUCCUGUGUGCCACCAGUGGUCAGGCUGACAAGAACAGCGACAGGCUCCAGACUCUCUCAGCAGCCUCCUCUCUUCUCCCAGUGCGUUUACUACCCAAGGCCUUUGUUGUCAACAGUAGCUUCAAGCACUUUGAUUUCAGAAUUUUGCCUUUUAACAUUUCAGUUCAAUUCUGCAGCUUCAGCUCAUAAGGGAGGUACAUUCCAUGGGGAAUACAGUUAUUUGCCCAUGGACAUAAUUAUCAUUUUUAUAUACAAUUUAUGAUUUUGUAUAGUUUGUGAAGUGACUAUUAUCUGCUUGAAGGGACAGAAACUAUAGUUAAAACUAAAACAAUCCCAUCUCCCUGUGUAUUACUGUACAGGGGGCCAAAAUAUUUCAUUUGUUAAAGUUUUUAGGCUUAUAAUUAUUUAUUGUGUUCAUAAUAGAAGAAAGUCUCUGUUUUUGCAGAUACGUUGGCAGAGUUGCUUAUCUGUGUCAGUGCCUUAUCAAGCGAGACACUCCAUGUUUCUUACAGUCCGUACACAAAGAAAAAAAACUGUAGCUAUUGACUCAGGAACCAACUAAAUCAAACCACAGUUUGUGAAUGGCAAUCUCUUGAUUUGACCCAGUCUUUUGUUAUUCAAAUCAAAGAGAUGGAGGCCAACAGUGCAUCAAGUGCUUUAGUUAAGAGAAAACAGGCCUGGUGUAAUGCUUUUUGUCACGUUCUAUUACAGAAAAGGGAAUAAUUCAUUCAACACUCCAAAGCUUUAACUCAUAAAAAGACUAAUGGUAUCUUCACAGAGAACGCAAAGUAAAAUUUCUCCUUGCAUUUCUUGCGUGAGGUUUACUGUGGGAUCAUUUAAGUUUAUUUAUGUACUUACACGAGUUUGUGGGAUCAUUUGUGCUUAUUGUGCUAGAAUACCUUGCUAUACAUUAGCUGUAAGCUAGAGAAUGAUGUCAGGCAUAGUGAGUCUGUGUGUGUGUUCAGUUCAGCCUCUGACUAGACUUAGCUUUCCCCCGAAUCAGUUAGUAGAGUAUGAAUCUUUCUGUUACUGCCUUGCAUUCUCUCUUCAUUUUCCUUCCUCCUCUCUGUCCAUUCAUUAAGUACAUUUUCAACAUGGACAAACAGGGGCCAGUUACAGUGCAUUAUAACACUCAGCAGUAGAGGUUGACACAAGAUGAAGAUCUACUUUUUAAUUUUAAAGGUUAAAUAAAAUGAACUCUGGGCUCCAGUACACGGCUCGGCAUCAGUGCAGAAUCCAGUAUGACUGCAGGUGUUUUUCCUCUAGAAACUUCAGAUCUGCCCCAGAUCUUGCAGACUUGCAUAGUGUCAUUUGCAACACAGUAUGCAAUGGCACUGCGCAAAAAUUUUGCUUGGCUUUCUGUGUGAAGACACCAUAAGGCUGAUCAGUGUCUGGUUGCUUACUAAAAGUGAAGAAUUCAACAAAACAAAUGGCUGUUAAUAACUGUUACAAGCAGUUUUGUUUUAUUGUUGGGUUACUCUUAAUUUACAAUUUUUUGUCUGCUAAAUGCUUCUGAAGAAUAUGUUGCUUCUCAUACAAUGACACAAUGAGAGAAAGAGUGAGAGAGAUAAAAUGUGUGUGUGUGUGUGCGUGUGUUGGGAUUUUGCUGUUAAUAUACAGUACAAAGAGGAGUGACAGCUUUUCAUUGCAUAGCAACUCUUAUAUUUUAAUUUUAAGCAUAUCUUGUGAUGUUUCACUUUUUCAUCACCGUAGAAGUUACAAUAUGUUCCUUCAAGAAGGCUUUUGAUUAUCUUAUAUUGGUCUACUUUUUUAUUUAUUGGAAUGAAGUUGAAUUUUAACCUUGAAUCAUCACAGACCCUUGCUGAAUGGAAUAAAGCCACAAGGAAAAAAAUUCAAAUAUAUGUCGAAUAUAUAAGAAGAUAUAGAAAUAUAUUCUUUUGUUAUAUCUAAUCUUGUAUUUAUCAAACUGUUUAUAACAAAACGUGAAUGUAAAGUAUUUUAAACGUAACUGUCCACAGUCAUAACAUGGUGUUUGAUGUAUAGCUAAGAUGAAAUAUUUAGAAAAAAAUAUUCUUCAGUGUAACCCUGGACUACUUUGUCACAUAUGUGAACAAAUAUACCCCAGCUUUCCUGGACUAUGUUUACAAAAAUACUGUGUACAAUACCAAUGUCCUGUUGAACGUGAGUGACAAGUAUCUAUAAAGAAGUCUGAAGUAUACAUAAUAAAGAAUUUCUUCUACACACUCACACACUU